ACCUGGUCCCACCCUGGGCCACAGGAGGACCGGCAUGACCGGGAACCCGCGGUGGGCCCCGUUGCUCCUGUGUUUGCUGCAGUCCGCUCCAGGGAGGCCCCAUCUGGCCCCUCCCCAGAACGUGACGCUGCUCUCCCGGAAUUUCAGUGUGAACCUGACGUGGCUCCCAGGACCUGGCAAUCCCCAGAACAUGACCUAUUUGGUGGCCUAUCAAAGCUCUGCACCCCCCAGACGGUGGCGGAGAGUAAAAAAGUGUGCAGGAACCAAAGAGCUAGAGUGUUCUCUGAUGUGCCUGGAGAAACAAGACCUGAGCAAUAAGUUCAAGGGGCGUGUGCGAGCGGUUUCUCCCAGCGCCAGGUCGCGCUGGGUGGAGUCCAAGUCCAUGGAUUACUUUUUUGAAGUGGAGCCAGCCCCACCUGUCCUGGUAUUCACCCGGGCAGACGAGAUCCUGAGUGUGAAUGCCACGUACCAGCUGCCCCACUGCAUGCACCAACCAGAUCUGAAAUAUGAGGUGAAUUUCUGGAAACAGGGGACCGGGAAUAAGACCAGACUUCCUCCCACUCCCCAUGGCCAGCCAGUCCAGAUUUCUCUCCAACCAGACACCAGCGGACAUUACUGCCUCAGCGCCAAAACUAUAUACACCUUUGGCUACCCUAAAGAAAGCGAGUUCUCUGAGCCCACCUGCUUCGUCCUGGAGGCCCCAGGAUCCAACUGGGCACUCCUGGUGCUGCUACCCUUUCUGCUGCCACUGCUGUUGGUCGUUGCCACAGGGCCUGUGAUCUGGAAGAGCUUCAGGGGGAACCCCUGGUUUCAUCAGGCAAAGAUGCCACAGGCCCUGGACCUCUCUGGACACAGACACCCCGGGGCAACCUUUGAACCCAGUGGCCCAGAGUGCCUGCAUGUCUUGAUUCUCUGUCCCCAAAAGGAACUGACCAGAAGGGUCAGGCUGACCCCUAGAGUCAGGGCCCCAGCCACCGUCCAGGCAGGAUCAGAGAAGGACAGUGCUGAGGAGGAGAAGACCGACGAGGAGAACACGGAUGAGGAGGACACCGACGAUGGUGUCAGCUUCCAGCCCUACACUGAACCACCCCCCUUCCUGGGGCAGGAACACCAGAGCCUGGGGCAUGCUGGGGCAGGAGGGCCUUGGACUCCUCUGGUCCAGGUGGAAGGCUCCUCUGCUUGCGAUUCUUCAGACAGAAGCUGGGCCAGCACUGCGGGCUCCUCCCCCUGGGACGAGGCUGGAUCAUCUGGCUAUUUGGCCAAGAAGAGGCCAGGCCGAGGACCGGGUGGGAAGGAGCUCCAGACGCCUCUCCCACCACCCGAAUUCUCCGAGGACUCGAGUUCCCUGGAAGAGCCCUCCUGGGUCAGCUGGGGCUUACCAUCACCAGGGCCGAUUCUGGUUCCCACGGAGCCCCCAGUUUCUCUUCAGACACUGACCUUCUGCUGGGACAGCAGCCCCGAGGAAGAAGAAGAGGAGGGGGAGGAGGAGGAAGAAGAGGGUGGGAGGGAAUCAGAAAGUGAGGACAGCGGUGGCGGCAGCUGCGGGGCUAAGAGCCUCCAGAGGAUUGAGGUCAGAGGUAGGACGCUGGGGCACUACCUGGCCAGGUGAGCUGCCUCUUCCAGUCUGGUGCUGCUGAGCUUUUUGGGGACCCAGCAUGCCACCAAGAUUUGAAAUCCUGGGAGCAUCAUCACUGGGGCAGCAGAGGGUUCUUACAGCACCUCGGGGAACCCAGCUAGAGGUGUCCGCCAGGUUGAGGAGUCAGAAGCCACCCCGUCCUAUGACCUGCCAGCUUUGGGCCGAGAGCCAAGAGGGGUGGAGACAGGGAUGGGCAGAGGUCAGAGGUUGGUUGGGUGUCAGACCACCCCACUGUCCCUGGGGUGACAGGCCAGCUGGAAAAAUCAUCCCUGCACAACAUGAAACAGGCGAGGUCAGGUCACAGGGGGCAUUGAAGGCUGACAGCACAAGGGCCCAUCUGGAUGUGGGGAGGGAAGAAAUCUGGAGGCACACCAAGGGUAGCAGGGCUCACGCCUCUCUCCAGCACCCGCUGGGCUCCCUCCUCCCUGAGGCUCGGCAUCCUGAUUUAUGAGUCCCCUAGGGUGGGCCCCAGUGAAGAAAAGUCCAGUUGGCUGAGGGUGUUGGAGAGGAAGAGGAAGGGCGUGGUCCUUCAAAUCCCAGUCUCUGAGCCAUGCAUUACACAGUUUCCACUAUCAAAGAGGCCUGGGUCCAAAUCCCAGCUCUGCCAUUUCCCAGUUGUGUGGCCUUAGGGGAGAUACCUUCCUUCUCUGUACCCGAGUCUCCUUUCUACAGCUACCACCUGGGGCAUGGUGAGGGUUCCCACAGAGAUGUGUGAUGCCUGCCACACCAUUGGCACUCACCACGUGGUGGCUGGUAGGAUUCUCCAUCCACCCAGGCUCUGAGGGGACCACUGGGCAUCUCCCACCUGUGACCCUAAACUCAGAGUGGCUGGCGUUCUCACCUCUAGUCUUUCUCCUGCCUCCUGCCCUCGCUGACCCCUGCCUCCUGGUCAGGAAACAGUUCUCAGAAGCUGGAGCCCAACCAAGGGUCCCUCUCCCUUUUCCCAGCAAAGAAAAUACCAAAUGGCCCACCUUCUAGGGGGUCUGAUUAAUUGGUGGUGGGGGUAGCAACCCAGCAGGGAGUCGGACCCCUGGGCCUGUGAUCCCCAUCUUAGCACUUCAGACCCUUUAGGUGACCACUGUGGUUGUAAAGACGUCCCAUUUCCUCUUCCAGUUUUGAGAAACCACUGUCUUCUGGAAACAGGUGACUGUCCUUACCUGAGGGUAGUGAUGGAUGUUCUCAAACAACCGCUUUAUUAACCUACACCCACCAGUAUAUGGAUGAGCAGAGCUGAGUCUUCACCCGUUAGACCAAGGUUUUGUCAGUUUUGUGGCCCUGCAGGGACCACAGGGAUCAGAACAAUCCUUGGCUCUGCCAUUUCACCUGCCAGGACUUAAGUUCCUCCAUUUGUGUAAAAAGCAUCUUCAUAAGCAUUUUAUCCACAGGGCUGUGUUGUUUUGAAGCCAACGCAAGGGUAGAACAUUAAUGGAAGAUCUGGAAAAGCUUCUCGAGGGCAUCUGGUCCAGGGGUUCUCAAACUGUGUUCCCAAAAGGCCCUGGGCUUCACGGGAGGCGUCUCAAUCUCAGGGGAAGCCGUGGGCUGUAGGAUGCCCCCAGUGCAACCGGAGCCGCCUCCCUGGGCCCUGAUUUCCCCCAGUGGCCCUCUACGUAAGAUUGUGCUUAGGAGUUUCAACUGCUAAAGAAAACGUUAGCAAACUCCUUUUUAAAUUGAACACCUGUCUUUUGUUUCAAACGAGGAAGCUAAAAUGUUGACUGUCUGAAGGUGAGAUUGCCCGUCUCUGGCCAGCUGGGCCAACCCCUGUCCCCUUGGCCAUGUAAACAGUACCGAGGUCUCGGCAAGGGUUUCCAAGGGGCACGAGACUGGCAGGAGGCCUUCGCCACUGCUGGGACUCGCACACGUACAUGCAUUUCUGCAGGGGUUUCCCUGCAAUGAGGCUUGUCUACAUCCAUGAUUGAGCACAGAAGAGGAAGAACAAACUGGAACCAUGGAGCUGGGGAAGGCUGUGGCUCACGGCCAGUUCCUAGGAGAAUACCCAGGCCAAGCACAGCGUCCUUUCUGGCACCAGCCGAGCUGCUUC